UGCAUUUACGUAUAUAUUGCUCAGCUAUAAAUAUUGUAAUAAACUACUUAUUUCAAUAUUCUCUUACAAGAUGUUGAAUACUUCGACACGAAAUUCUAUAUAUAUUAUGUGUAUUUUACUCGUCAUGUGUCCAAAAAGAAGUCAUGUGCUGGCUACGCAGAAUGAAGCUACCUUUCUUCCAAAAUUAAAUUUUCCGUCUAAUUGGGCUAAAAAAGCACUUAAACACGAAGGAAAUACUAUAAACAAUUUAAAGUCCAUUGAACCUGGGUUCGAUUUUACUGAAGAGGAAAUGGUGAGGUUGAAAAUUUGGCCAGACGCAAUUAUACCUUACUACAUUGAUAAUUUAUCUUUCGAUAAAGUACUGCGGGACAGAAUACGAGCUUACCUAGAACUGGUCUCCGGUCUGUCGGGAUUACAUUUUUUGGAGUUGCCAACACCACCCGAAGACACUAAAACUCGCUGGGUUUUCUUUAUCAAUCGUCGAGGACAGCUUACUUGUGGUGAUCAUACAAUAAAAGAGUUCACAAAUGAAGGAGUUCAGAAAGUAAUACUAGGUUAUGAUUGUAUGUGUCCUGGUGGAGAGAUAGGGGACAUCGUACUAGCACUGGCCGGAGUACCGCCGCAACACAAUGCUCCAAACCGCGAUGAAUUUAUUACAGUAGUUAUGGAAAAUAUUAUCCCAGAGAAGAAGUAUUUAUUUGAAGCAGUGAAGGACAAUGAGUGGUUGUUUCACGGACUAGAUUAUGAUUUCUCCAGCGCUGGACAUUAUAACUUUCAUAAAUACACUACAAAUGGUUCAGCGACUAUUAGUCCUAAAACAUAUAUACCUACUCUAAUUGUCGGUGAAGGAGAUGGUUUAAGCAAUACAGACAUUUUAAAAAUAAGGAUGAUGUACAACUAUAUCUCUAAAAAGAAGUCCAGUCGUGCAAGAGCACCAGACUGUGUCAAAAUAUUUGAACCAGGAACAAAUUUUAGUAAUUACCAACCAAAUAACGCUAAUUACCAACAACCCAGAAAGAAGCCCAAUCAAUUUUUAGGUCUCCCUGAUGAUGAUAAAAGAGAUAAUAACAGUGAUAGUAAUGAAAUAAGUAAUGAGAGAAACAAUGAAAAUGAGCCUAAUCAGGAAACGAACGAUGAAGGCGAUAAGGAAAAAGGUGAAGAUAAUAGCGAUUCAAAGAUACAAGGUGAAAAAUUUAAGCUAGCAACUAAACUAACUUACAAAAAAGGCCGUGUAAAAUCAAGAAUUUUAGAUCCUCUCAGUUACUUGUCAGAUUACCAAACAGAUCAAGAUCGUCGAUCUGCAUAUCGUCAUAAAUUGAAAAACCUCGCAAAAUAA